AUGCCUCCAAAGCAAUCUAAAACGGAUUUAGCAAAGAAGCAGAAGGUAGUAGAGGACAAGACAUUCGGAUUGAAGAACAAGAACAAGUCCAAGAAUGUCCAGAAAUACGUCCACUCCCUCCAACAAUCAGUCCAGCCCAAACCUGACCCCAGCAAAAUCAAUGCCAAGAAGAAGAAAGAGGAAGAGAAAGCAAAAGAAAAGGAGCUCAAUGAAUUAUUUAAAGUUGCUGUCAGUCAGCCCAAAGUCCCAGUUGGUGUUGAUCCGAAGUCGAUAGUGUGCGAGUUUUUCAAAGUGGGACAGUGUGCUAAGGGUUUUAAGUGCAAGUUCUCACAUGAUUUGAGUGUCCAGAGGAAAGGAGAGAAGAUUGAUGUUUAUAGCGAUAAGCGCGACGAAGGACAAGGAACAAUGGAGGACUGGGAUCAGGAGACACUGGAGAAGGUUGUCGCAUCCAAGAGCAAUGAAUACAACAAGAAUAAGCCUACUGAUAUAGUAUGUAAAUACUUCUUGGAAGCAGUAGAGAAGAAGCAGUACGGAUGGUUUUGGGUAUGCCCAAAUGGUGGUAAAGAAUGCCACUACAGGCAUGCACUUCCUCCUGGAUAUAUUGUAAAAUCUCAGAUGAAGGCUCUGAUAGAGGAAGAAACUGAAAAGAUAACCAUAGAGGAAGAGAUAGAAAAUCAGCGUGCGAAGGUUGCUACUACAACUCCUAUGACUCCGGAGUUAUUCAUGCAAUGGAAGAAGAAGAAGAUGGAAGAGAGAGAAGCUGGCUUGGCUGCAUUGAGGGCAGAGAGAGCUAAGAAUGACCGUAUGAGUGGUCGUGAAUUGUUCUUGUCAGACGCUAGCUUGUUUGUGGAUGAUGCUGAGGCCUAUGACAAAUACCAAAGAGAAGAAGAACCAGAUACUCAGCAAAAGGUCGAUAAAGAUUAUUCCACUGAAAGGCCAAAUUCUUCCACGUCUACACGUGAUGCUGAAGAGAUUCCUGAUAAUGAUGACAACACAGAGGAAGAGGAUGAUGAUGAUCUUGACAUAGACGAGUUAAAUGAAUUGGAAGCUAGCCUAUCGAGAACAACACUACAAAUCAGAGAACCAGGUGACAAUGUGUGA